AUGUCCUCAAAACUUCUGACCGAGAUAAAAUCAACGUUUCAGCAGGGCCUCACACCACGCAACAUCAUAAAAUCGCUGGUGAGUCUUCUCAAGCACAUUCAGAACAACACGAUAUCUCCUCAGCAGACCGAACAAAUCGCUUUUUUUCUUCUGCGCUCGUUCAGCCUGAACAACAAUUUUGUAAAUCAAUUGGUGUACGUGUGUUUGAAUUUGUUGCUGCCGUUCGAUAAUUCAUUUGUUGCAAUCAACAUCAUUGACAAGAAGGAGGAGCUGGGACUGAGGCUGCUCGUUAAGAUUGUGCCCGAGGAAAUGGUGGGAGACUUUAUGAAAUAUGUGAUGGAAUGCAAGGAUGUGGACCUAGGAAUGCUGUGCCUGUUGCGAUUGCAUCGUGAUAUGGUGCUGAAAGAGAUGGCAAAAGAACUAGGAGAUGAGAGGAAGCCAACAUGCGAUCAGGUAAGGAAGGCAUCGAACAGUCUCAUAACGUAUUUUGGGAAGCUCAAGACAGAGUUUAUGAGGUAUCACAAGGUGGACACUUCGAAGACUGUGCAGCAUUACCAUGCCAUUCUAUUUGAAAGCAUUGAAAAGCCGUUUUCAUCGUUUUAUAGGGACGGCUACGACCAGAGAUACACUGUGAUUGGGCGGGGAAUGGCAGGUGCGCAGCAAGCACGCACCACAAAUAAUCUUCGAGAUCACCUGAACGUAAAGAUAAGUGGCGAGAUUUGUUUCACUGAGGCCCUCAGAAAAGUAAGCUAUAUGAAGGAUCCUGUGCCGUUCUUGAGCCAAGCAAUAACCAAUGCUGGGAUUCUGCUGAACAGCAACGACAUUGUCAUAAGAAUGAGCACUCUGCGCUCUCUCGAUGCGUUGAGCCAGAAUUACGCGCGUAAAGUAGCUGUGCUUAAUCCUUCGCUCAUUAAGAUAAACGACGAUCAUUCGCUAAGAAUACUGCUCAGGACAGGCGACAGCAACACGAUAGAAAGGAUCGCCAACACAGAUCUUACGCAGUACGAUGAUGAGAAGGCGUUGCUUAUCGUUAAAGCGUUUGGUACAAUCGCGCAGAAGAAUGGGAAAGAGGAGGAAAUGGCACGAUUCUUGAAACCUUUAAUGUUCAAGAGAAGCAGUCUGGAGAUGAAGAAGGAGAUUGUGCGCAUGUAUGGUGAACUGCUAGGUGAACAUAUGCUUGAUGAUGAGUGUUACAUCAAUUACGAGGAAGACGAUGAAAGCGCUACUGCGACAGAUGCCCCGGGAAUUGAGGUCAAAGGCAAGAAUGGCGAUGGUGAAAAUGUUGAUCACAGCCCCAUCAAAAGUGCCCUCAACAAAAGUUUCAUCAUGGAUGUGCUUGUCGAGUACUUGGAGGACAGCCAGUACAGCAUCAUCACAAAUGACAUACUUGGUCUAAUCAAGGACAAAAAGUACCUAGUGGCAGUGUACAAUCGCUUGAUUCUUGAAAACGAGAUUGUCAGGAACAAUGCAAUGGCGUGUGUAAAUCGACUUACAGGCAAAGGGCUUUUUGAAGAAAACGAGGACGAUCUACUCAAUUACUACUUCAUGAAUAGAAAGAACGCAGACGUAAGUAAAUACGUGUCUAAUAAAAAAAAAGAAAGCAUAUUUAUAAAGGAAACGCGGCCGGUCGUACUUUUGAACAAGGAGAUGAAGGUAGUUCUGGUCAAGCGCGUGUUCAAGUGCUUUAUCUAUGUGAUCCUUAAGAUGGAGAACACCGCUAAAGAUCUGGAUAUAGCAGAGGGAAAGAUGCUCAUGGGAGUUGAAGAAGGCAAGGACCAGUACUGGGAUGAAAAGGCGUUCUGCAAGAGUGCGCACUACGACGAUGAGUACACAAAGGGAGAUUUUCAAUUCGUUGACUGCUGUACGCGCCUCGAUGAGAAGCAGGGCGAAGGCGUGAGCAAAACCACCACUGUGCUCUUCGGAAUUAAAGCCGGCUUUUCGACGACCGUUGUGCUCAAAAGACCGCUCGUGAUUAAUACAGAAUGCUCUGCAGUAUGCUUCUACGACUUAAUGGAUCCGGCUACCGAGGAAUUCGAAAAUGAGACAAGGGAACUGCGACCCUUUAAUGUAAAUUAUUUGGACACGAUCAAACCCUGCAGUCACGGAAAGACGCCAUCGCAUAAUAAGAAAACAUCGUUUGCACUGGAGAACAGGUCGCUGAGCGUUGCGAAGGAAGAGGUACUGGACAUUUUUAACUUGCAGGUGGUUGAUCAGGUGUAUACAGAUGAUGUGGUGCAGUUGAUCUUAGAGGGUAUUACGAUGGAUAGUGUAUAUGUGCGAAUUGAGGUGAAACUGGAGGGUAUGGGUAGCGAUGUGGGCGUGUUUUUGAAAGUAUUAGCGAGCAGCGUAGAGGUAAUUGACAAGAUAUUGGGUGUUUUACAGUGAGCAGGUAAAUAAAAUGACUGUAAGUAUGGGAGCAUGUUACAUAUGCA